AUGGGCAACCUCAUUUGGCACGAGUAUUCUCGGUUCGUCUCGAUUACUGCAACUGUUUAUGCUAUUUGGGCUGGAUUCUUCGGCCUCUUCUACCGCAAAUUCUUCUGGGACUUUGUGGGCGGUACUUUGCGGGAUCCUGGAGGUCUUCAAGCUCCUCCCGGCGCCGCAAUCUUCGUCUCUCUCAUCAUCAAGGCCCCCGUCAUCCCCAUUAUGGCCAUGAUUCUGGGCAUGGUCAUCCUCUGCAUAGAGAUGCCACUGCCUGCUAUCAAAGGCCUGUCUCUUCACCGCAGUCUGGUCGUUCGGGUCAUUCUCCUCUUGUUCCAAACUUUCUUGACUAUACUAUUCUACCAAGGCACCAAUGCAGCCAUAUGGUCGUUUAUAGCGGCUGGGUGUUACAUCCGUGCCAUAAUGCUUGGAGAAGAGAUGGCAGAAGCCAAAGGCAACCGCGGUAGAUCAGGUCAAGCUUGA